UGUGUGUGAAGGGUCAGUGCUAUACGGGAUCCUUGUCAAUUUCAACUUCAAAGUGGUGGGGACGUCCCAAGGAUCAAAGUUAGCAGGGAUCAUAUGUCAACGACGGGAUUUUGCUUUGGGUAGCCAACUUCUGACGUGAAAGGAUGCCAGUGUACAUCAGAAAAGGGCCUGCUGAUAUCCCCGAGCCCUCCGACAGCAGCCAGGGUGAUGAUGAGGAGGAGUUGUUUCUGAGGGACCCGGAUCAACUCCAGGACCAGCUCCCCCAGCCGUUCAGAAUGAUAGACAAGGUCCUAGACAGACUGGUAGACAGGGCAUGGGACUUCAUCUCACAGAGAGAAACGGUCAGGAUCGCAGAGCAAGCUAAGAACACUAUACCCAUUAUGGAGGUCUCAGGGGACGUAAAGCUCCCUGUGAGGACCAACUGUGUGGCCUGCUCUGAGGACGGCAGGUACAUCUUCCUGGGUCACCCCCACGGCCUGUCUGUUAUGGCUCAGCCCCAGCCCCAGGAUACCACCACCUCCUCCUCUUCCUCUCCCUACUGUGUGCCAGUAUGGCAGGAGGAUCGGGUAGAGAUCACCUCUCUUCACAUCACCUGUCUGGGGGAGAUGGUCUACCUGCUGGCAUCCCUGGAUGAUAUGGGUGUUGCCAGACUCUUUGCUUAUUACUCAGAAACCCUCCAUCUGAUAAAAGUCAUGAAUGAAACAGAUGACCUCAACCAGAGAAGUGUCUGUGUGAAGUUUGAACUGUCCAGAGGAGGAGACUAUGGAGCUGCUACCAUCAGCUGUCAUGGUUGUCAGUGUUUAGAGGUGUACAGCUUCCCUAAAGACUCCUGGCUGAAAGAGCUGUCCCAGCAUGCACCUGGAGUAGGAGAUACAGGGAAACUGUCUCCUGUCGCCAUGCUGAUGAAGAUCAAACCACCUAAACCUCCCACAGGAUCUACCAUGAAGAGUCCAUUUGAGGUGUUGCAGAAGACCGAGGACGGCAAUGUGAUUGGCUCAGGACAGAACCACCUGAUCAGCAGUCGCCAAUGGGAGGACCAGGACGCUGUGUUUAAGUCUGUAUACAGGAAGUACAUGGUUACUAACCCCAGCAACACUACAUACCCAGAAGACAGACCCAGCUGUGUGACCAGUCAUUUCCUGUUUCCUGGAGGUGUGUUUCCUGUCCUGGAAGGAGUUAAGCCUCAGACAGGAGGAGUGUCUGUAGCUGUGUGUCUGUGGUGGAGUGGCAGCCACAAUCUGCUGCAGUACUUACUGUGGAAAGCUCCCAAAGACAAACCAGACCCGGAGCCUGAUGCCUUGUGGCCCAACGCCCAGGAGAUCCUGUGUUCUGCUGUUAGCAGCUGUACUAGACACAUAACUCUGGGCCUGGUUACUGAACUGGUCACUGUCUGGGACAGACACUUAGGUCUUCCUCUGUCUGUUGUCUCAUUGGCAGCAGACAGUGUGUUCAGCAGCAUUAUGUUUGUGGAUGACUGGCCUCGUACUGCUGCUGAGGAUGGCCUACACAGCCAGGGUGCUACCCACACCAGCACACAGGUCCAUAUACUGGUCACCUGGAAGAGUGGAGCAGGUCAUCUAGUCUACGCAGGAAGAGGACUGAACUCUCAUGAUGUCACACAACUAGCAGAAAGACCAUCAGAUCCAGGCUGUCUCCCCGUGGUGACUGCUACUGUUCCGUUCCUCCAGCGCCUGGCUCUGAUCAUGCAGAGGAAUGGGAAGAUCUUCCUCCAAGACGUGGUAGAUGGGAGAGUAGUGUGCUGCUUCUCUCUCCCAGACACUCAUCUCCUGGCCAGUCCCUGGGAUCCUGUGUUUCUACUGGACCCCAGCCAGCAGGCUCUGCUCAUACUAG